AUUCGGCAUUGUCCACUGGUGUGUGUUUUGGAUUUCUUUUUACCUUUUUUUUUUUUGGGACCUGUUACAGUUUCCACGGCGCAAACAACUCUGGAGCUUUCUGUGCGAUUGGUUUCUUUCAUUUAUUAGUGAGAGAUUCAAUUGUUUGGGGGUAGCUGGAAUGGCUACUUUACCAGGAACAAUUCCUCGAAUGAUGCGACCAGCACCUGGCCAGAACUACCCACGAACCGGAUUCCCGUUAGAAGUCUCAACGCCUCUGGGUCAAGGUCGAGUGAACCAGCUCGGUGGAGUUUUCAUCAACGGAAGGCCACUGCCAAAUCAUAUUCGACACAAAAUAGUGGAAAUGGCUCAUCACGGCAUCCGACCCUGUGUGAUCUCCAGACAGCUGCGGGUCUCACACGGCUGCGUGUCCAAAAUCCUCUGUCGCUACCAGGAGACCGGUUCCAUCCGUCCGGGAGCGAUAGGUGGAAGUAAACCAAGGCAAGUAUCAACGCCCGACGUUGAGAAGAGAAUUGAGGAAUACAAACGCGAGAAUCCAGGGAUGUUCAGCUGGGAAAUCCGGGAUAAAUUGCUGAAGGACGGGGUGUGUGACAGAGGCACGGUUCCUUCAGUUAGCUCCAUUAGUCGGGUUUUGAGAGCUCGUUUUGGCAAGAAAGAUGACGAUGACGAGUGUGAUAAAAAAGAUGAAGACGGAGAAAAGAAAACCAAGCACAGCAUCGAUGGGAUUCUCGGGGAUAAAGGUAACCGUACAGAUGAUGGCUCGGAAGUGGAGUCAGAGCCAGACCUGCCCCUGAAAAGGAAACAGAGACGCAGCCGUACCACCUUCACAGCAGAGCAGCUGGAGGAGCUCGAGAAGGCCUUUGAGAGGACGCACUACCCCGACAUCUACACUAAGCAGCUGGAGGAGCUCGAGAAGGCCUUUGAGAGGACGCACUAUCCCGACAUCUACACUAGAGAGGAGCUUGCACAGAGGACCAAACUGACCGAGGCUCGUGUACAGGUCUGGUUUAGCAACCGAAGAGCAAGGUGGCGCAAACAAGCAGGAGCAAAUCAUCUGGCAGCAUUCAACCACUUGUUGCCUGGAGGGUUUCCACCAACUGGCAUGCCAACCUUACCCACCUAUCAGCUUCCAGAGUCAGCGUAUCCCAGCACCACUCUCUCGCAAGAUGGCAGCAGUACAUUGCACCGGCCGCAGCCUCUGCCGCCUUCCUCCAUGCACCAGGGCGGACUCUCGGCUGACAGUAGCUCCGCCUACGGCCUCUCAUCCAACCGCCACACCUUCUCCAGCUAUUCAGACACUUUUAUGAGCCCGUCAGCUACAAGCAACCACAUGAAUCCCGUGAGCAACGGCCUUUCGCCACAGGUGAUGAGUAUUUUAAGUAACCCCAGCGCCGUCCCGUCCCAGCCUCAGCACGAUUUCUCCAUCUCUCCUCUCCACGGCAGUCUGGAGGCGUCUAACCCCAUCUCAGCGAGCUGCAGCCAACGUUCAGACCCCAUCAAGGGUGCGGACAGUCUGGCCUCCUCUCAGUCCUACUGUCCCCCCACAUACAGCGCCACCAGCUACAGCAUGGACCCCGUCACUGCUGGAUACCAGUACAGCCAGUACGGCCAGACCGCUGUGGACUAUCUGGCCAAGAACGUGAGUCUGUCGACUCAGAGAAGGAUGAAGCUGGGCGAUCAUUCGGCGGUGCUGGGACUUCUGCAGGUGGAGACGGGACAGGCUUACUGAGUCCGAUCACUACACACACACCUUCACAUGCUCUCAGAUGCACAAACACCUCCUCCGACCAGCUGGAGCUCUUCAGUGCAUCCGCCAGCACGAGCGUGAGAGGCUUUUACUCUGAUUCUCAAGACAAGAAACUUGCCAUUCCAUUUGACGUGACCUUCUCGUGAUUCUGGGCUUGUCUUGUACCUCUAACUCGGACAAGAGGACCAUGCAACGGCUGCAGGCACGUCGACGGACGCAAGGACGCAUUCCGAGCCAUUUCCAAAACGUACUUUCACCUCGCUGUGCAUAGUCGUGUAUGAAUCUCUGUGUCAUUACAAUGGAUAAUCUCGCUUGUUUUCUAUCGAUAUUGUUAUUACAGUUGUUGUAAUUAUAAUUAUCGUAACUAUUGUUUCGUUUCGUUGUUUCAAGAUCCACACGUAGCAUUUUUUACUAAUUCAAACCC